AUGAGUAAGCAUUUCUAUCUGAGCAUUGGGCUCAUCAGCCUGGCGACCACUGCCAGCGCAGCCCUCACGCACGACGAGGAAGGGCCUUUGCUCGGAGCAGAUCAAGGGUACGGAUCUGAACCUCACGGAUGGGGCCAGGAUGACUACGAAGGCUGUCAAGAGCAACACCCCGGACACGCAAGGCGACAGGACGCUGGCAGCCACAUCGAAGUGCCCUCCUCUACCCCGGCAGACGCAUGCCCGCGCGUGGACCCAGACUUCAUCGGCUUUGCAUUCGAGGAAGCAUCCUUCGUCCGCUACGUACAGAAUGACGAUGGCUCCGUGAACCAGUUCUCACUGAACUUGAUAGACGCUAUCAUGUCAAGGACGGGAGGCAAGCCUAUCAUCCGCCUAGGUGGAACUUCUCCGGACUACGGCAGAUUCAUCCCAUCGCAAGAGGAACCGGCUCUCCCAGUAGCAGAGGUAUACAACUAUCAGGACAUCGGCGGGACAUCAAUUGGACCAUCUUACUGGGACCUCACCGAUCUGGUGCCAGACGCUGUCUAUGUAAUCCAAGUGCCCUUGGCUGUCACGAACGUCUCCGAAUCAGUGCUUUGGGCGAAGACAGCUAUCGAGAGCAUCGGGAUUGACAGGAUUCAGGCGCUUGAGGUGGGCAAUGAGCCUGACCUGUACGCAGACAACGGUCCUGUUGGGACCAGGGGUCUAGGCCCGCCAUACUAUCAAGGCACGCUCACGAACGAGACCUACACCGGCAACUUCACCAAGUACGUCCGCGCCAUCAAAGCAGCCAUCGACGACAUCCCCAAGAAACACUUCUUCCAAGCCUUCGACACAUCAUCACAUCUCGGCGCCGACGCGCUCGCAACAGGAUACAUCUUGGACGUCGAGACGAACUUCGAGCUCGGCAUCAAUAAAGGAAAUAACAUCGAAUCCGUCGCCGGCCACUACUACCAAACCGACGGCGGCCAGUACGCAGACCUCGAGACCGGGCUCAUGCAACACUCCGCCAUCGCCAACCGCCUGGAUCUUUAUCGAAAGUUCAUCGUCUACCUCCGAGACAACCAUCCGAAGAUCCCGUAUAUCAUUUCGGAGAUCGGAAACUCCCUCAAUCCAACGCAUGCUUACGACUACCAAGCCACGCUCGGCUCGGCGCUGUGGCAAGUCGAUCUCCAGCUCUACGCCAUGACCAUCGGCAUUGCGCGUAUCAACUGGCAGCAGAUUAUGCAUUCCGGGUAUGACAUGUGGCUGCCCGUCGACAGCGGGAACUACACGAGGACGGUGUAUAGUAACUUCUACGCUAUGCCGUUUGUGGCGGAUUUCAUUGGGAAAUCUGGUGGUGCUACCCGAGCGGCGCAGUUGGAGACCGAACAGGAAAACAUCGUUGCGUACGCGGCGUUCGUGCGCGACAAGCCGAAGCGGGUGGCGAUUGUGAACUUUGAUUUCUGGGACCAGGGGGACGGGGCGAGGCCAUCGACUACGUUUACAUUGGAAGUGCCGUCCGGUGUGAAGAAGGUGAAGGUCGAAGUUCUCAGCAGUCCGGAGGGAGCGCAUGCGAGUGGGGAUAGCAUGACUUAUGCUGGGAGUCAGUGGACUUCUGAGAGCGAGGGUAAGGAGGUCGAGGGUGUGCGGGAUGACUCGCAGACGUUGAAGGUGAAGAAGGGAAAGGUCGAUGUGGAAGUGUUUAACAGCCAGGCUGUGCUUGUGCAUUUAAGGUAG